CGGCGCCGCGCGGCUUUAUAAGGCGGGCGGGCGGGCGGGCCGGCGAGGUACGCGCAGCUGAGCGGAGCGGAGUGGAGCCGCCGCGGGUCCCGGGUCCAGGCGAGCCUCAGAAGGAGCAGCAUGUCCGAGCACGCCGACGACGCGCGGCCCAUCCCGCGGGGCAGCACGGCCUGCCGCCGCCUCUUCGGCCCCGUGGACAGCGAGCAGCUGCGCCGCGACUGCGACGCCCUCCUGGCCAGCUGCGCGCAGGAGGCCCGGGAGCGGUGGAACUUCGACUUCGUGACGGAGACGCCGCUGGAGGGCAACUUCGCCUGGGAGCGCGUGCGCGGCCUCGGCCUGCCCAAGGCCUGCCUGGGGCGCCAGGACGACCUGGGGGGCGGCAAGCGGCCCGGGCCGUCCGCCCUGCUGCAGGGCUCGGCCCCGGAGGACCACGUGGACCUGUCGCUGUCCUGCACUAUCCGGCCUCCCUCCCCAGAGCAGCCCGAGGGGUCCCCAGGUGGUCCUGGCACCUCUCAGGGCCGGAAACGGCGGCAGACCAGCAUGACAGAUUUCUACCACUCUAAACGCCGGCGGAUUUUCUCCAAGAGGAAGCCCUAACCUGCCUCAGCAUCCCCAGGCUCCUGGAACAAGGGCCCCAACACACAGGGCUCCUUCACAGCUUCUGCUCAGCCCUUCAGUUCGUGCUUCUUAAUUAUUAUAUGUGUUUUAAUUUAAACUCUUCUUGUACAUACCUUGCCUGCUGCCCCCAUACCCCCAUUAGAAUUAUUUAAAAGAACACAAACCCUUUAGCCCCCUUCAUUAGAGUGUAGGUGUUUUUAUUAUGCAAAUAUUAUUUAAAACCCCCCUUGCUCCCUCUCCCCCUGCUCUCUGGGGGCCCUUUCCUGCAUUCUCGACAGGAAUCCGUGAUAAUUUGAGAAGUAAACAUUAGCACUUUCCAGGGCCCCCCCCGCACCCCCCCCCCCGCCAGUGGAGGUACCUUCCAGGCUCUGAAGUCCCCUCGGGCAGGUGACCAGGAUUCAGGUGCAGCCUGGCACCCCUAGUCUGAGAAGGCCCAGGGCAGUGGGGUCCCAUAACAAACACCCCCCUCCUGAGAACCCCCCGCCCCGGACUUUUCUACAUGUUCCAGCUGGGCCUCAGUUCCCCCUCUGCUCCGUCCCUGCCCCCCCAGUCUCCUCUGGGCCUGGGGCCUCAGCCCUGGGGUGCCCGUCUCCCCAACUCUGUAGUAGGCUGGAAGGAGGAAGCGCAUGCUGGAGAGGGGUCCCCAGUCCCUCCAGCAGCUUCCUUGGGGCGGCAUGCAGGAGUCAGAGCCAUGCUCUGGGCUCUCUGUGUGGGGAGGUAGGCAGGGCGGAAGCAGCAUUAUCUAGGAGGGAGAGUGUGACAACAGCCCCUGGGACCCAUCCAAGGACCCUCCCCUCCUCCGCCCCCCAACCCCACCCCAUUUCAUUGCACUUUGAAUAGCAACUGAACAAGGAGUCAGGUGUGACGGUGAGGAGCUGAGGGCCGCGCAUGAGCACUGCACGGGCGAGUCUGGGCCAGGGAGGCCUGAGUUCUUUCUUGGGGCAAAACAUGGAGCCUCGGAGGCACCAAAAUGGUGCUUUCCAGCUCCUGUGCCAGCCUGGCCGGACUGUCUCCCCUGGCUCCCGUGUGGCUCGGCUCUCCCAUCUCUACCUAGACUGUAAGCCUGAAAGGGCAGGACAUACCCCAGCAGCUCUGGAUCCUGAAAGCUCCUCCCACAGUGCUGGGUAUACAGCAGGUGCUCAAUAAAUGUGUCCUGAUGACUUAUAAUACUG